AAGGCCAAAGUCAAGAACGUAACAGCAAACGAGGUCAAGCCAACGAUUCCGUUUCAUUACCAAGACCGCAUUCUGCUCGUCGGCGAGGGUGACUUCUCCUUUGCCAGGUCACUAGUUGAGCAUCACCAAUGCCACGCUGUAAUUGCUACAUGUUAUGAUUCGAGAGCCGAGUUGUUUGACAAGUACAAGCCGCGGGCGGAGGAAAACGUAAGCUUCCUCGAAGACGCCCAAAUGACGGUAGUCGACUGCAUAGAUGCUACGAAGCUGAAUCAAGCUCUACGUGCUGCGGAUGGAAGUUACGAUCGCAUCCUGUUCAAUUUCCCUCAUGUUGGCGGGAAAAGCACCGACGUGAAUAGGCAAGUUCGCUCUAACCAGGAGCUGCUCGUCAAAUUUUUCACCUCCGCCAUGCCGUUGUUGGACGACAAUGGGACUAUCGUCGUGACAUUGUUUGAAGGCGAGCCGUACACGCUUUGGAACAUCAAGGAUCUUGCAAGGCAUUCCGGGCUCGAAGUGCAGCGAAGCUUUAAGUUCGUGGCAGACGCUUAUCCUGGCUACAGUCAUGCUCGAACGCUUGGAAAUAUCGAAGGCGGAGGCAGCUGGAAGGGUGAGGACCGUGAUGCAAGGAGCUACAUCUUCCAGCGGAAACGGCAGACCGCCGAGAUCACCGAACCGAUGUUGACGAAAUCAGAUGGCAAGAAAAGAAAAAGG